GCUUGAUGCAGGACUCGGUCCCCCGUAGGAACCGGAGCUGCUUUAAGUAUGAAAUCCAGCUGUGUGGACCCGACAGGCUCAGGUGCUGCAGUUUGUAUCAUUUAACUGUCAGAUGGCUGAUGCAGAGGGACGCGGACCGGUCACAUGACAAGAUGCUGGCUCGCAACCGCUUCCUGCUGCUGGUGGUGGUGGGCGGAGCCGUGCUGGCCAUCGUCAGCCUGAGCCUCCAGUUCUUGAACCUGAUCCCUACCUCUCCCAUGAUGGAGGAGCGGCGUGUCCACGGCCUGGAUGAGGGGAUCAGGGGGGCUCUGGGGAAGAGCAGGAAGCGAGUGUUCCCAGUGCCUCACACCCAGGAGCCCAGCCCCAUAAAUGAGGCUUACAGCUACUGCAACACUCCCAACCGCACCGAGCAGGCCUGGGAGGGUCACAGUCCUGCCGACUACAAGCUGCUGUCCGUCCAGGUGAUGAUUCGACACGGUGACCGAUACCCACUUUACUCCAUCCCCAAAACCAAGCGACCCGCCAUCGACUGCACCCUGUCACCCAGAAGGAAACCCUCCCACCCGCUGCUGAAGGCCUUCGUUGAUCACAUGGGCCAGGGUGGUCGUGCCCACUGGGAGUCUCCGCUGGGCUCGGUCGCCCGCCUCCCCACACACAGCAGCUGUGAGAUGGGGGAACUCACCCAGACAGGUGUAGUGCAACAUCUCCGCAACGGGCAGCUCCUCCACCACGCCUACAGGCGGCACGGCCUGCCCCCCCCGGACUGGUCGGCUCAGCAGGUCUGGGUGGAGACCACGGGUAAAAGCCGUACCCUGCAGAGCGGGCUGGCCUUCCUCUACGGCUUCCUCCCGGACUUCGACUGGACCAAGCUGACGGUGCGUCACCAGUGGAGCACGCUGUUCUGCGGCUCGGCGUGCGACUGCCCGGCCAGGAACCGGUACCUGGAGGAGGAGCAGCGCAGGCAGUAUCAGCUCAGAGUGGCCGACACCAACCUGGAAAGGACUUACGCCAACAUGGCGCGUACUCUAGGCCUCCCCCCCCGCCAGCUCCGAGCUGCAAACCCCAUAGACUCCAUGCUGUGCCACCUGUGCCACGGCCUCUCCUUCCCCUGCGUCCCCGCUGCAGACGGAGGGGCGGGCGGCUGCCUCACCAUGGCCCAGUUCGCCGUGAUCCGUCAGCAGCAGCUGGACGACGAGCUGGAUCGGAGGAGAGUGGGACUGUACCGUAAAUACGCCGUCCUGGCCAUGUACCCUUACCUCAACAGAACUGCCGCCAAGAUGGAGCGAGUGGCCAAAGGCGGCAAGGCCGGGCGCGCCGGAGCGGAGGAGGUGUUCACCCUCUCCUCCGCCCACGACGUCACCAUCGCCCCGUUGCUCAGCGCCCUCGGACUCGGGCAGGCAAAGUUCCCUCGUUUCGCUGCUAGGAUAGUGUUCGAGCUGUGGAAGAGCCCCCCCGCCACGCAGGAGCAGAGGCGGAAGAGAACUGGGAAAGGUGAGAAGUCAAAGGCCAAAGACGGGGAGCUGUUCGUCAGGGUGCUGUACAACGGAGAGGACGUGACGUUCCACACCGCCUUCUGCCACUCCCACCCCCGCCACGGCAGCCAGCCCCUCUGCCCGCUGAAAAACUUCCUGACUUUUGUCAGGAGAGGCAUGUUCAGCGUUGUGAAUGCCACUUCCUACAAAGAGGCCUGCUACGGGCGCCCUGGUUGACCAGGACGAGCACCACACUGCAAAAAACUCAAUCUUAACAAGAAUAUUUGUCUUAUUUCUAGUUAAAAUGUCUCAUUUUUAGUCAAAAAAAAUUAAUUACACUUAAAACACGACUCAUCAAUGGAAAAAAACAACAAUUUUGACCUGCUUCAAGUAGAUUUUCACUUAAAAUAAGUAGAAAAAAGAUUUUUUUGCUUGUAAUGAGAAGAUAAAUCUUGUUCCACUGGCAGAUUUUUCUACUUAUUUCAAGUGAAAAUGUACUUGAAACAGGUGAAAAUUGUCAAAUAACAAGUUAUUUUUCUGGUAAUGACUCUUGUUUUAAGUGCAAUGAGAUUUUUUGAAUAAAAGUGAGACAUUUUAACUAGAAAUAAGACAAAUAUUCCUGGUAAGAUUUUGAGUUUUUGCAGUGCAAGGACAGACAGUUGUCAGCUGGUAGCACUUCACUAGACUUUAAGUCUCGUUCCACUUUUCAAAAGUGUGCACUUUUGUGCUGUCGGUAGCCUCAUAAUUUCAGUUCUUCACAUUCCUGAGCACAGCUGAUCAGCAAACACACGUUACGGUUCAUAAAGGUCUCUCAUUCCUAACCACUGUCUUCUAACUGUCUUAUCAGCUUUUCACGUUGUUGUUUUUUGUAAUCUUAAGGAAAUCUUUGUUAAAUAACUAAAGGGAAGUUUGUCGGCACUUUAUUCUUAGAUCCCAUAACACCUUGGAGUUGAAAGUUUCUUCAUUCCUAAAUGCCCGGAGGAAAAAAAAAAAGGUCAUGCAGAAGAUAAAUACAAUCCUGGAUCAUUCAUUGGUCGGAAAUAGUUUGUGUGCAAUCAGAAUGUACGUUGGGCUAGUUUUGUCCCAAAAACGUAAUACUGUAACUUGUCAUCAAUCAUUUUUGUGCUUCUAAGACUUGUUAAUUUUCUUUUCAUUAUCUCCUUCUUUCUGAAAACUGAUGCGGUACGUCUUGAUUGACCCCUCCCCCUUACAAGAUUUAGUUACAAUUAUGUAUUUAUAUGUUUUGGUGCUAUAACUGAUUAAUUUGAACUUUGUUUUUGAUGGAGACUCUGAUAAAUGUUCACUUUGAACAGACAUUUAUACUGUAAAGCACAUUAUUAAAAUAAAUACUCAGAUGUUUUCA